UCUUCUAAAAGCUAACAAAAAAAAAGCUUCCAUUUUGCCAAAAAAAAAAAGGAGUCUUUCUCUGAAACCCCACUGGGAAAAAAAUCUCUCCGGUAAAUUAUAAAUCAUACGAAAAAGAAAAUGAUCGCAUACAUCGAACCUUUCUUCCGCGACAACGAUGCCGACGGUGGCGCCGGGAAACCCGACGGCGUGUCCAUGUCACUCGACAUACAGGGCACAAUCGUCUUCGGCGGAGCAGCGGCGGAGAUAGCCGGAAAAGACUUCGGUGGCAUGAACUCCGUCAAACCUCUCGCCGUCGUGAGACCCACCGGAGCGGAGGAUAUUUCCCGUGCCGUGAAGGCGGCUCUGCGUUCAGAAAAUCUGACGGUGGCGGCUAGAGGGAACGGACACUCCAUCAACGGGCAAUCCAUGUCCGACGGAGGACUCGUCGUAGACAUGAGAUCGACGGCGGAGAACCACUUUCAGGUGGGUAUCUCCGGCGACGGAGUUCCGUACGUGGACAUCUCCGGAGGAGCAUUAUGGGAAGAUGUCUUGAAACGAUGCGUUUUAGAGUACGGUUUGGCUCCGAGGUCGUGGACAGACUACCUCGGGUUAACGGUCGGUGGUACGUUAUCUAACGCUGGCGUUAGCGGACAGGCCUUCCGUUACGGACCACAGACGGAGAAUGUAACGGAGUUAGAUGUCGUCACCGGAAAAGGUGAUGCCGUUACUUGUUCCCCGACGGAGAAUCCAGAUUUGUUCUUCGCCGUCCUCGGUGGUCUGGGACAGUUCGGUAUCAUAACUAGAGCUAGGGUUUUGCUUCAGUCCGCUCCAGACAUGGUGAGAUGGAUAAGGGUGGUUUACGCCGAGUUCGACGAGUUCACUCGAGACGCGGAGUGGCUGGUGAGUCAGGAGGGCGAGUCAUUUGAUUACGUGGAGGGGUUCGUGUUCGUCAACGGCGAAGACCCGGUCAACGGCUGGCCCACGGUUCCACUCGAUCCGGAAGACCGGUUCGACCCGAAUCGUAUCCCGAAAACCGCCGGGUCGGUUCUCUACUGUCUCGAAGUGGCUCUUCACUACCGAAACUCGGAUCGCGAAUCAACCGUCGAUACGAGGGUGGAGCGACUGAUCGGACGGCUAGGAUUCGUGGAGGGGAUGAGGUUCGAGAAGGACGUGAGCUACGUGGAGUUCAUUCUGAGAGUGAAACGGUCGGAGGCGGCGGCGAAGGCGGGCGGGACGUGGGAUUCUCCGCACCCGUGGCUGAACCUCUUCGUGUCGAGACGGGACAUCGCCCGGUUCGAUCGGACGGUGUUCAAGCAGCUCGUCAAGGGCGGCGUUGGUGGUCCCAUGCUUGUCUACCCUCUUCUGCGUAACAGGUGGGACAAUCGGACUUCGGUAGUGUUGCCGGAAGAAGGCGAGCUAUUCUACAUAGUGGCGUUGCUCCGGUUCGUCCCGCCAUGUCCGAAUGCUGCGAUGGUUGAGAAAUUGGUGAUUCAGAAUCGAGAAAUCGUUCAUUGGUGUCUCAGAAACGAAAUCGAUUUCAAGUUGUAUCUUCCUCAUUACAAGUCUCAGGAGGACUGGAUCCGACAUUUCGGGAAUCGAUGGUCGAGAUUUGUCGAUAUGAAAUCUAGGUUCGAUCCGAGGGCUAUCCUUUCUCCGGGCCAGAAGAUUUUCAAUACAUAGAACUCCUUGACUCUUUUAGUUUUUUUUUUUUCGGUUUUCUUCAAUUUUCUUUCCUCAUUUUUUGUUUAUCUGUAUUUUAAGUUUGGGGUUUAAUUUAAUUUUCUUGUUAAUCUUUUUUCAUACUAAAUGUCAUUACAUUCUAACA